AGCGCCUCCAAUCAUGUGAUUUGUUUAACUUCUGUCUUAUCCGUUGGAAGCUUUUCAAUCUUCUGUUUUUAGCAAAAAUCUAAUAUUCCAUUUAAUGGCUAAUGAAAAGCACAAUGAUAAUUUACCUCAACUUAUUGAAUCACAAACACAAACCGACGACAAUACGGCAUCUAUUCCAGCCAAUUUUCUAAGGAUCGACCAUGAUAAGCCUCAGGAUGCUCAAAAUGUCGUCACGGCACGGUGUAAUCCCACGGCAAGUGACGAAAUGUUGGCCAGAAAUUUGCAGAUGCAGGAAAAUAUGGCUUGUUCCCCGUAUCCUCCCAAUUGUAUCGGCAAACUCGACAUAACUGUUUGUCAGGCGAACUUAACAAAGGCUCACACCCCGUUUAAUAUUCCUUUCGUCAGAAUGGACCCGUAUGUCAAAAUUAUUCUCGGUAAUUUUGUAUUCGAAACCUCUACCGACUUGAACGGUUCCACCAAUCCAAACUGGAAUCAAACCCUUUUUUGUUAUCUACCUUACGUCGUUAACACUAUGAACGUUGAAAUAUAUGACGAACGGUCUUUUACUCGGGACGAAAAGGUGGCUUGGACCUCAAUAAAUCUUCCCAACACAUUUUUCGACAGCCUUAAAGGCGGUAUGGAGGACAAAUGGUACGAUCUGCAAGGCAGAGAAAAUAACGAAAACGCCGGGAAAAUAAGGAUCGUCACAAAUUUUUUGCCUAUAUCCGUUCUGCCCAACGCAAAUCCCAUAUGCUUUCCUACAGCUAUUCCUCCCCCGCCUCUUGCUCCAAAUACUAUGAUCGUACCAAAUCAAAUUAUUUUAUCACCCGAAAAUUACGAAAUCCAAAUGAAAAAACUGAAAGACAUGUUCCCGAAUCUAGACGUCGACGUUAUAAAGCCCAUUUUUGACGCUAAUGGUAUGGACGAAAACCGAACAGUAAACGCUUUGCUCUCCCUCAACGAAUAAAAAGAGAAAUUAUUAAAUCCGUUUUUUUUGGCAAAAUUUAGAGGACAAGAAAUAUUUAAUUUAAUUUUUUUAUUAAAUAUUUAUUUCACAUUAAAUUAUACAUUAUACAAUGGUCAUUUGAAGCUUCAGCUCACAAACAAGAUUCAUAUGCUUUAAUUGCAAUUUCGACACGUUUCAUUUUGAAUUUUAUUUAAAAGAUAAAUUAUAAGAGUUAAUAUUAUUUUAUAAA